AUGCGGUCCGCUCGUGAACUACUACAUGACUUCCAUCAAUGCAUCCAGAACGCUCGAAGGCAUGCUUUUAGCGGAAUCAGUAAAAAUAAAAACGCAACGGAUUUCUGUGAAAAGGUGUCGUUGAACACUUUCGGAGAAUACUGCUAUCCUGACUUGUUGACGAGUCCAGCGGUUUGGACUCCAACAAAGGAGGAUGAAAUCACAAACGGAAGCUGCGUUUGUUUUGAGUCAUUUCUGGACAUUAAUCUGGCACAAGCGGUGUUCAUCACGCACGCCGGAGACGGGUCCGGUCGUCUGUUCGUUGUUGAAACGAUCGGCCGUGUGUGGGUGGUCUACCCAAAUGAAACACGUCUUGCCAAUCCAUUUGUUAACAUUGAGCGUGAUGUUAGUAUAGCCAGAAAUCGUACAGGAGACGAGAGAGGCCUUCAGUCCAUUACAUUUCAUCCAAACUACAAACAAAACAGACGGUUCUAUCUGUGUUACACAACUUUCCUAUCCCAACAAGAGAACACUGUCGGAGUUUUGAGUUCUGAGUUUCGAGUUGCUGAGCUCCGAUUGUUGUUUGCGGAUGAUGGCUUCCUGUACAUAUCGGUCGGAGAAUCUGGACUACAGGACAAUCAGCCGGGCGGGGACCCUUUACGGUUAAGCUUCCAAGGAAAGAUUCUGCGCAUCGACGUCGACAAAGAAGACCCUGUUCGUAUGACGGCCUACAGCAUUCCACCAGACAACCCCUUCGCGGACGGUGUAGCAGCAUUACCGGAAAUAUACGCAUGGGGCUUAAGAAAUCCUUAUGCACUCAGCAUGGAUACGGGGGAUUCAUUAACAGGGGCUGGAAGAGGUAGAUUGUUCUGUGGCGAUGUAGGGGAAUCUAAAGUGGAAGAAGUGGACCUCAUAGUCAAGGCAGCUAACUACGGAUGGAACCUCAAAGAAGGAUCUUUAGACUUCUGUUCAGACUGCCCAUGGGUACAACCACACGUUUCCUUUGCUGGCGUCAUUGGAGGCCACGUUUAUCGAGGCUGCCUUAGUCCAAACUGGCAGGGAUUAUACAUACAUGGCGACUUCAUUCCGGCACUGGGGUUGCAUCAAAUGUUUGAUGUAUUGCGUUCUAAAGGUGCAGGAAGGUAUCGACUUUUCUGUGGGGAUAUAGGAGAAUCUAGAGUCGAAAAGGUGGACCUCAUUGUCAAUGGAGCAAACUACGGGUGGAAUGAUCUUUAG